AGCGGGUUGUCUCCAUAGCCCCUGAGCAGGCGUAACUCUGAGUGGUUGCUGUUCCUCCGUUUGAUAAGAGAACAACAUCUGCGUAUCAACUGAUAAACGAGUGAGGCUGUGGAUUACUGUAUGCCUGAGUGUCUCUGUUGACAUUUUGGACUCUAAAACAGUUCAAUUCCCUCACCAGACCUCAGGACAAGAGCUCAGGCAGUGGAUUUGGGAGAAUGACUCUCUCACAUCAGUACCGUGCUGUUUUGUUUCUGUCGCUGUUGGUUUUGCAUAGUUGUAAUGACGGGAUGCAGGGCUGCAUCGACAAGCAGAGGGUGAUGGGUGUGCUUCGCCAGAUGGAGAAAUUUUUAAAGGGACAGGAAAUCCGGUUUACAGAAGGUCUCAGAAUAAUGAAGUCCAAGCUUACCAGCCUUCAGAACUCUGUGUCCAAGUUUCCACAAGCAGACCAAUCUUCAUCCUCAUUCACUUGUCCUGCUCUGGAAGCUCCAACUUAUGGGAAGACGUUUGGCUCCAAGUACCUAGUUGGACAUGAAGUGCACUUUGUGUGUUCUUCAGGUUAUCAUUUGGUAGGCUCAGCAACCCGAGUGUGCCAGGAGAAUGGCAGCUGGAGUGGAGUCAGUGCACUCUGUAAAGCAGCAGGUUCAAGUCAGUGUGCUAGUAACCCAUGCCUCAAUGGUGGUACCUGUGCUGAAGGGGUCAACCAAUACAAGUGCAUUUGUCCUCACAACUGGAGCGGGAGCCGUUGUCAGCAGCAGACUCAAACAGAGAUGGAUUCCACAGCUGGAUGCACAAUUCAGGAUAUGCGUGUAGUUCACAUCUCUAAGGUUGCCAGAUUUGUCUUGAGUAGAGCCAACCACAGGCUGAAGCCUAAUCCCCUUUCUCCUUCCCGCUCACGUUCAGCCCCUCCAGAGUGGAGUGUGGUGAAUGAUCCGGAAUUUAGCCGCAAACCCCGCUGCACUAAAGUGGACCAAGCUCAGCACUGCAGUUGUGAUGCUGGCUUCCAUAUGAGCGGCACGUCUCACAGCAGCAUAUGCCAGGAUGUGAAUGAGUGUGAGGUGUACAAAACAAACAGCGGAUUACUAUGUGCUCACACGUGUGCGAACAUUCCAGGCUCAUACCACUGCUCCUGCCCCAGUGGCUACAAGCUGCUAGCAGAUGGCAGAAGCUGUGAGGAUGUAGACGAGUGUCUUACACAACAGCAUAACUGCAGCCGUGGCACCACCUGUGUCAACACCGGAGGAAGUUUCCAGUGUGUAAAUCCAGAGUGCCCACACUUGCAUGGAAAUAUCAGCUACGUCAAGACAUCACCUCUAGUUUCUUCAUGAUGAAUGCCAGGAUCAACAUUGGCCAGAAAAGUGAAAUAAUAUACAGCAGUGUGUUUUGUAAUGAUCUAUUUUGAGAAGUAUAGAAAAGGAAUGUUAACCAUCUUGCUGUUUAAUGCAUCCAUUCUCUAGUACUGUAAUAUGAGCAGAUGAAAAGGACCACAUAUUUCUAGAAGCACAUUUGGACUAUGUGCCUUGGCCUCAAAAUGGCAGUGAGCUCUAAUCUUCAGACCUCAGCAGCAUAAUUAUUAGUAAUCACAUCUUUGAGACUUUCUGGUUGAUGGUUUUGCUCAUGUUUUAAAUCUUAUAUUGCAUUGUUUGUGUCCCACACAGUCAGGGCCAGUUCAGGAGGUAGAAAUAUUAAGUGCAUUAGAAAUCCCCUGAGCCACGGCUUUAAGGAAAAUGAGCGAUGAGCUGCAAUGUAACCAUUGUUCUAAUUAAUGCACAUUGUUCUCUACAUAUAGUAAAUAUACCUUAUGCUGAUGAUUUUGAUCAAAUUGUUAAAACUAGUGGCAGCUCAUCGAUAGAGGCAACUGGGGCCAUUUGGCCUCAACCAUAUUAGCCUUUCAAAUUAUUAAUCUUCAUAAAGUCCUCAUUCACAAUAUGGUUAUUUGACAGAUAUAAUCCAAUUUUCCUUUGACUUGCAGAAAUCACUAUGAUCCCAUGCUCACUCUAUGAACAUUUUUCACUGAGGGAGGGACAACAGACAGGACAGUUUUGCCAGAUUGGCCUAGUUUAAAAAUACUCUGUGACCAAUAAGAACUUGAUUUAAAGUAAAUACUCUAAGUACUGUGUCUGUGAUGUACAGAACCAUCUCUGUUGUAAGAUAUAUUGUGACAAUUUGGAGUUAGAUAGGGGGAUUAUGGAGUGAAAAACAAAAGUACAUCUGAAGUAUGUGAAAUACUUGUUUCCCACACAAAGACUGAGUAAAGAAGAAACGUAUCUCCUUUUUCCAAUGUCCAAAUUGUGUGUGUGUGUGUGUGUGUGUGUGUGUGUGUGUGUGUGUGUGUGUGUGUGUGUGUGUUCGAUGUAGUUGGGCUGGAAAUUUUGACCCGUUCACCCCAGUUUAAGAUAUUAUUUGAACAAAUGUACAUGUAAAACUGCUCAAAAAGCAGUGCUAGGUUGUAUGCUUGAUGGCUGUAUAUGGUUGAAUCUGAACUGCCUAUUACAGCAUUACUCCUUAAAUUCACUCGAUAGAAGCAUGUAGCAUAAGUCAAGUGUGAUAGCUGACUUAAUUACCUCCACCAACUUUGUUGGAGGAGGUUGUGUUUUCUCCUCCAUUUUGUUUGUCUGUUCCCAAUGUAACUCAAAAAGUAGUGAAAGGAUUUUGAUGAAAUUUUGAGGAAAAAUGAGCCAUGGGCCAAAGAACAAUUGAUUAGAUUUGGAUGCAACUCCGGAUAUGUACAGUGGUGCUUGAAAGUUUAUGAACCCUUUAGAAUUAUCUAUAUUUCUGCAUAAAUAUGACCUAAAACAUCAUCAGAUAUUCACACAAGUCCUAAAAGUAGAUAAAGAGAACCCAGUCAAAUGAGAAGAAUAUUAUACUUGGUCAUUUAUUUAUUGAGGAAAAUGAUCCAAUAUUACAUAUCUGUGAGUGGCAAAAGUAUGUGAACCUUUGCUUUCAGUAUCUGGUGUAUCUGGUUCUUUUGUCUGUUCCUAGCGUAACUCAAAAAGUAGUGAACGCAUUUUGAUGAAAUUUGGUGUACAGCUUUAGUAUUAUCAUAAGUUCAAGUGAUUUGAUUUUGAUGUUAAUAUGUGGCUUGGUUGAGGUAUGCACUCUACCGAGUACCCUUCUAGUUUUGCUUGAGGCUAUGGUGUUAUUAAUGCUGUCUGGUUAAAAACUGAAUUUUGAUUAUGACAAAGACAAAUAAAAAAAUGCAGGUUCAAAACAAAUUAUCUGGCAGACCUCACUUUAUCAAGUGCAUAUCUUUGGGGAGAAUGGGGAGGACAUACGAAAUGCCACACAGACAGUAACCCAAACUCAGGAUUAAACCUGGGACACUGAAGCUAUGAGGCAGCAAUGUUACCUGCUGCACCAC